GCACUUAAGCCAUCUUCAUCCACUUUAUUUCGUUCAUACCUGACUUUAUAGACGCAUUCUCUGAGAAGCUACUUGCAGGAAUCGUGUAGCACGCAGAGCAGCUUAACUUAUGUUUUAUCCAUUACCUGGCACUUGAGACCUGCAUUGUGUGGAAAUACUGAGAAAACACAUACUGGGCUUAUAAUUAUCUACCGGGCGUAUCUACAGUAGUGAUUUGUCGUAAUUUGUUUUAUUGUUGGAGAUUAUUAUUAGCAUAAUUGAAUACAUGUUUCUAUAGCAGUGACAUUUUCUGUUUAAAAGCUUAUUGGCUUUGCAAAACUGUCUUGUAGUCAUAGCAAAUAUUUUGGAAAUUAUCUCUGGCAUUGUUCGGACAUUUUCAUUGAUAUUUUUAUAGUUUAAAAAAACAUGUCUGACCAAGGAACUUGAAGGAUCAAGGUUACAUUAACCUUAUCAUUGUCUGCUUGAAGUCAAAAUGGAAGAGUCGGUAGUGAUGACAGGCGGUUCGUUUACGUCAACGACGCCAACAGACGACACUAUCACGAGUCAGCCGAGCGGACUUAAGACGAACGGUUCAGAAAAGAAGGAGGUAUGGCGAAGGUCCGUGGCCAAGGCGGCAUUUGACGACACACUCAUCGAACGGGAUUGGAAGGCGCCACUGUGUACAUGUGAACAGGGGCAGACAUCCAAUGCAAGUCUGGCAUGUUGUUGGUGCUAUCACAAGUACAUGCUAGCUAUCCGGAUGGGUGAGACGCCCUUCAUGGGACUCCUGCCCUGUGCAACGUUUGGGCUCAGGGUUAAGGUCAGAACCCAGUUUGGAAUAAAGGGAUCAAUCGUCGGGGAUUUCUUGAGUACGCUGUUCUGUGAGCCGUGUGCCGUGUGCCAAAUGACACGUGAAUUGGACAACGUCGGACUCUGACAUGUGAUCCGUUUACCAAGGUCACCGUGACACGUGAAUGUUGUGGCCUAUGUUUCGUUUAGGUUUUCGUGAAAUAGACAUCUUAAACAAGAAGUCUUUAAAUUAGUAAAUCUUAAAUUAAACAUUUUCUUUAAAGAAGAUCUCCUUAAUAUAUGUGCAAGUGGAUUAAACAAGCAGACUUUAAUUUAAAUGACACAUGAAUUGAAUUGAACAGCUUGAACAGUGUGUGUUUUACUAUCGACACGUGGCUAGGUUAAAACAAUUAGUGUUAAGUUUACUGACACAUGAAUUUGACAACUUAAACAAGUAGAAUUUAAUUAUCGUCAUGUGGAGAUGCCAGCUUAAACAGGUAGUUUAAUGUAUUGAAACAUUAAUUGGGCAGCUAAAUUGAUUACAAUUUAAUUAUCGACACGUGGAUUGAAUUGUUUUAACAAUGAGUUUGCAAAUCACUUGAAACGUGGAUUAGACAAUCACUUAAAAAGUAAUUUAGAUUAGUUGAUAAAUAUGGAUUAGACAACUUCAACCAGUAACUUUUAAAAAAAGACACGUGGAUUGGACAACUUCAAAAAUGAUAUUUAAUCAAGUGACAAGCCGAUUGGACUACAUGAAUAAAUAUUCUUUAUUUUAGUGACCGUUGAUUGGUCAAAUUUUGCGCGUUGUCAUGCAUCAACGGUAUAGAUCGGUCGAGUGGUUUUGGUAGACGACACGUUAAUAACAUUGUGAAAGUCGAGACAUUGCUCACUGUUUACGGCCGUCUAUAUAUGAGUUUUGAACUUAUAGUUCAGUGUGACGUUCUUAAAGUGUAUAACCACAUAUUAAUUUGGAUGAGAUUAAGUAAUGAAAUGAUGAUUAAACAUGGUCUUGUUUUAGGUUCUAGCUAAAGAGACCUUAACCAGUUAUUCAUUCUUUUAAUCGUCAAUGUAAACAAAUGAACUCGUCAAAGCAUAAAAUGCCCCUUUGAGCAAAGUUCUAGUUGAUUGUUUGAUUGUUUGAUUGAUUUAUUGAUUUGAUUGAUUUGAUUUAUUGAUUUGUUUAUUUAUUUAUUUGAUUGAAUGAUCUUUUGAAUGAUUUAUUUGUUUAUUUAUUAAUUUGAUUGAUUGAUUGAUCGAUUGAUUGAUUGAUUGAUUGAUCGAUUGAUUGAUUAUUUUUUUAUUUUAGUAUUUAUUUAUUUAUUUAUUUAUUUAUUUAUUUAUUUAUUUAUUUAUUUAUUUAUUUAUUUAUUAAAUUAUUGUAUUUAUUUAUCUUUCUAUUUAUCUUUUUAUUUAUUUAUUUAUUUAUUUAUUUAUUUAUUUAUUUAUUUAUUUAUUUAUUUAUUUAUUUAUUUAUUUAUUUAUUUAUUAAAUUAUUGUAUUUAUUUAUCUUUCUAUUUAUCUUUUUAUUUAUUUAUUUAUUUAUUUAUUUAUUUAUUUAUUUAUUUAUUUAUUUAUUUAUUUAUUUAUUUAUGUAUUUAUUUAUUGAUUUAUUGAUUUAUUGAUUGCCUAUAGCCUAUUCAU